AUGCCUUAUUCUGACGCAUACACCAAUGAACGGUGUGCAGAAUUCUGGGUCGAUGACAGCGGGACCAUUAAGGACCGAUAUCUCUACUACUACGGGUCAGGAACGACUGGAUACUUUAUGUCAACGGUUGAUCCCGUUACAUUUGAAUCCCAGUUCCCAACUGCACUCCCUGUUCGAUUUGUCCUCGAAGAGGUUCUCCCUUUGAUCUAG